GUUCCCCAGACUCAAAGCUAAGCAUAUACACUCCACUCUCUGGUCUGUUGGAAAUUACAAAUCGGAGAAAAAAAAUAAUGUCGUUUCCUACUACGUUGCUACUUUCCCUGAAAAUUAUCUUGAUUUCGACGGGAGCCAUUUCCAUGGCUAUGGGGAUGAUAUUCUCUGUUCCAUCGAUUACAGCUUUUACCUGUUAUGACCUUCCUGUAGUUUGGAAAUCUGUGGUGACCUGGCUCAAGCCUCCUUACCUCUACUUCAUCAUCAACGUUAUUAUCAUCACCAUCGCCGCCUCCUCCCGCUUCAGUCAUCAUCACCAAUCCAAAAACUCGGAUUCCUAUCAAUCACGUGAGCCGCUGAUUUCUGUUAGAACACCUCCGCCGUCUGAUGUGGUGGCCGCGGUAGUAUUGGCUCAGCGGGAGGAUGAGCUGAAUAGGAAUGCAGUGGAAGCUCCGGGGCCGCUGUCGCUGCCUCCGCCGCCUGUGGUGGAGGUGUAUGUUGCUGAAGCUGAAGCUGAAGAUGAAGAGGAAGAUGAGGACGAGAAGGUUGUGGAGCUGAAGCCCGUGGUGGUGAACGGUGUUCAAUUUGAGGCCGUUGGAGGAACUGAAGAUGCUGAUGACGUGGCGAAUGAUGAAUGGGUGGUUCGGAGUCUAGUGCCACUCCGUCUCAGAAGAUGGUUCUCCCCGAGUCUCCCCUGGAUCUUCUCCUGCCGGAAAAAGAGAAACGCUAACUGCGUCGAGAUUUGGGUCACAGGAAGCCUAUCAAAACCAGUCCCGAAGGUGGGAGAGCGCUGAGGGUAGCAAGGCCAAAGAGGGAUGAAACGCUGGAGAGCACGUGGAAGAUGAUAACGGAUGGGCGUCACGUGCCGCUCACGAGGCACUUGAAGAGAUCUGACACGUGGGAGAAUCAUGGGCGGGAGGUCUUCGUAAACCAUCAUUAGAUUCGGAGCAUGACUUGACUCCGGACCACGUGCCCAAAUCACAGACCUUCAGAGAGACCGCACCAAUUAUUAUGACGCACAAAACCACCGGCCGCCGGCGAGUUUGUCUCCGGU